AUGAUCACAUCCUCGCCCACGAUAUCGCAACCUCCCUCGCCGAGCACUACCUUUCACACGCCCAGCCAUCGCCCAUACCAUGCCUCGAGACGCACGUCGACAUCCUCGCCCCGCUUUGCCGUGACCACAGCAGCAGCACGACGAUUUGACGCGCCGUCCAACUCUGCGCCGUCGCCUGUGCCCACGGUUGCGUCUUCGCCCCAGGGUCCGAAGAGGAGCUACGUCGACAGUGGCACCCAAUUCGUGUCUUCGCCUCAGGGUCAGAAGAAAAGCUACGUCGACAGCGGCACCCAAUACACCCCCGGCCUGUCCCCCACCAAUCGACCCGUCAGCCACAUCAACCUCACGACCAGCCACGGAGACGGUGACGGCAACGGCGACGGUGCCCAAACGAACGCCAUCCCGGCUCCCUUGAGCGCUGCUGCCAUUGCGUCUGAAGCGCGGGGGAUUGCCUCCGCCGCGCCUGUCGUCACGGAGCCCCCAGAGCCUCAAUUGCGGGUGACACCGCAGCCUGCUACGCCCGCGCAGAAUGCACAAUCCCAGAGUCGGCGCACGUCGCAUGAGAGCACGCGCUCGGCGGUAGAAUCGGCUGGAGUCACGAGAGAGGCAAGCACUGUCUUGCAGGUGCCUGCCUCGCCGGCGAAGAGAGCCCGGCCGGAAGAGCCGAGCGUCAAAGUUAUGCCCCUCCAGUACGAGACGUGUGACGUUAAAGAUCUCGGCAUCCUCAUAUCUGAUAUGCUUAUGGAGUUGGUACGGCUCAACGAUGGGUAUCCGCUGCGGGAUGGAACACUCACUAGGUUCCAUUCGAGAGCCCCACCAGGGAUUUCUGUUCGCGACUACCUCUCUCGUCUCAUAGUGCACGCUACACUGUCUCCACCAAUUCUCCUCUCCAUGGUCUUCUACGUCGACAAGCUGUGCGCCAUGUACCCCGCUUUCACAAUCAGCAGCCUCACCGUCCAUCGCUUCCUGAUAACGGCGGCUACGGUCGCGGCCAAAGGCUUGAGUGAUAGUUUCUGGACCAAUAGUCUGUAUGCAAGAGUUGGAGGUGUCAGUGUCCGCGAGCUGGCGCUGUUGGAGCUUGAGUUCUUGAGGAGGUUGGAAUGGCGGAUAGUCCCCAAACCAGAAGUGCUUGUGGACUACUACAAAGGCUUGGUGGACCGCGGGCCAGGAUACGUCAUGGAGAAGGAGAAAGAGAAGGAGCAGGAAAGAGGCCCAUCUGUCGACUCAGCCCAGGUCCUCUCGGCGACCGGAAUCCACACAAAUCAAUCGGGCGUAUAG